CCUCCACAUAAAUGCAGUUAUGCUUUACACAUCCCAUCAGCAACACGGCCUUCUUAAGAACAUUAUUUCACCAGCUUUGGAUCCGGGUCGAGGAUGGAUGGGAUCGAUCUGUUCGAUGGCUUUGAGCACGGGAUUGAGCUGGGGGUUGAUCACGGAAUCGAAAUCGCUCUUUCUAAAACAGAUUCCUGUUCCGCGUGGGCGGGGGGGCACACACACGCCCAGGACGGCCUAGUGGGGGGCACACACACGCCCAGGACGGCCUAGUGGGGGGCACACACACGCCCAGGACGGCCUAGUGGGGGGCACACACACGCCCAGGACGGCCUAGUGGGGGGCACACACACGCCCAGGACGGCCUAGUGGGGGGCACGGCGCACGCAGCGUGUCGGGGUCGGAGACGCCAGUCGAUUUCUAUAAACACGCACACAGCGACACAGCAACAAUAACAACAACAACAAUCACAACAGCAGCAGCAGCGCCAGGCGAGUGCGCGGCGGUGCAGGGAGAGAGGCGGAGAGCGCGCGACUCGCGGGACGCGGCGAGUCGCGCCCGGGACCCUUCAGUGGGGGGCUCUGGCUCAGUGGGGGGCUCUGGCUCAGUGGGGGGCUCUGGCUCAGUGGAGGGAGGAGCCUCUGGCUCAGUGGGGGGAGGAGCCUCUGGCUCAGUGGGUGGAGGGGCUCUGGCUCAGUGAGUGAGUGUAGGCGCCAUGCCGCUGGGCCUGAAGCCGAGCUGCAGUGCGUGCGGGGUGUGCGCCUCCCCCAUGUGGCGCCGCGGCCUCCAGGGCGAGGUUCUGUGCCAGGGCUGCACCAGCCGCCCCGCGCCGGGGCCCCCCGCGUCUCCAGGGCCCCCCAGAACCAACGGGGGCGGUGGUGGAGGAGGCGGCGGCGGCGGGGGUGGAGGCGGUGGAGGAGGGCGCCAGGGAAGAGCGGAGACUCAUCGGCGCUCGGCCCGUCUCAGGAACACGAAGGCCAAGUCGCAGCCAGUGGCCGAGAAAAAGGUGUUUGCCAAGGGCAAGGGCAGACGCCACAUCUUCAAACUCAAGCAUCCUCUGCGUGCAUCGGAAGCCGUGUCCACCGUUGUCACAAGCGAUUCUAUUUUCCAUGAGGGAGUUUACUACCAAGUUGGAGACGUGGUCUCUGUGCUGGAUGAAGAUGGAAGCCUCUACUACGCUCAGCUUCGCGGCUUCCUGCAGGACCAGUACUGCGAGAAGAGCGCCGUCAUCACGUGGUUGCUGCCCACGCAGGAAAGCCCGCGGGGCUGCUUCGACCCUGCAACCUACAUCUUGGGACCGGAGGAGGAGCUGCCGAGGAAGAUGGAGUACUUUGAGUUUGUGUGCCACGCGCCCUCCGAGUACUUCAAGUGCAUGUCGUCUCCAUUCCCCACGGUGCCCAUCCGCCCGGAGAGGGGCUUCGUGUGGACCAACCUGGGUGUGGUGCCCAGCAACGCUGCCGGCUCGGCCAAGUGACUCCCUGCCUGCAGAGUCAAAGUGAACUCUCUUCCAGCCUGGCCACUGGACAUUUUCGCUGAUUUCGAAUGAUUGGCAGGACUGUAUUGGCAGUGGUGCACACACCUUUGUAAAAAAGAAAAACCUCCGUUAUUCACACUGGUUUUAUGAGAGAAAUGUAUGUUUGUAUGUAUGUAUGUUUCACUUCUUUUACACCGUACAUAGCCAACCGUGCUAAUCGGAGGUGCGAAAUGUAUACCGUGCUACUGCCUGGAUUUUCGCGGUUGUGCCAUGUGGGUCUCCAAUGCGUUUUUGGGUUGUACCGCGUGCCGUUGGGAACGAUAUCUGAUGGUUCGCUGCACAUGCUGGGAGCUCCUUCAGGAACUGAAGAAACGAACAUUCUGCCAACUUGGUACAACCAAAAAACACGUCAAAGAGCUGUACUUAUUGUGGGCUACGAUAUUGGGAAGUGACUGCUUCAAAUACUUGUGCCCUCUGCUCUGGAAAAGGGCCUUUGUUUGCAGUGACAGCACUGAUUCAUGUUCUUAUUUUGUACAGUAGUGUUAUAUAUAUAUGAUGCACAUAUACUGGUCAUUGGAUUAUUAAUAUAAUAUUGUACAGGUAAUGAGAAUAGUAAUUUGUUUAAUAGAGUGCCCUUUCCCUCGGGCAUCUCGGAGCGUUUAAUACGUGAUGAGUGUACUUACAUCACGUUUCAUCUCAAGCAUUUGAAAGGGCAUCCCCAGUAGCAGCUGUCCCAGUGGGUUCAAGGUGACUCAGCACCUGGCCUAAAUUAAUAUAUACUCUGAAGAUUGUUGUAAUCCCAAUUAAGUAAUUCGCAGGUAAUCAGAAUUUUGUAAAUUUCCGCCACGAUGUCAAUGACCUCAUAUCGAAUAACGUCCACUGUGAAUAAGACGGCACGCAUUGUAUGCUUGAUAAACCAUAGUAAUAACUAGGGCUGCUGCUGGGUUCUUAUUGCGAACCUCUGGAACAAGUGGCAAAAUGCACAAACUCUGGGCCACCAUACUCCACCCUGCAUACCUUGAUCAAAACAGAUGUGCUCUUGUAAUCUGAAAACUUUUUACGUCCAUCAGCCUCUUGGUUUUCCAGCCCAAUAUUAUGAAGCAGAAUUUGUUGAAGCAAGAAACCUCUGGGCCGGCUUCAACUUGGGUGUCAUCAGCAGGGUCGAUCUUGUUGUAAACGCAUGCUGCUGGAUUACCAGAUGUUAUGGGUGAGAGCACUCUGGCUUGAGCAAGGGAGUGGUGCAGAUGACUCGCUGAGUGCACCGCAGUGUUUAUAGAGAAUAUGGGGUAAAGAUAAGGCACAGCUGUGGUUCUGUGUUUAUAAAGAAUUGCAUAAUAAAGUGAUAUUUGCGGAAACGAA